AUGGAGACGGAAAACAACGAAAAAAAAACAAUCGAAGAAAUAAGCUCCUCUACGGAGAAUCUGGUGGAACAAAAAUCGAUCGAAAAUUUGACAUCAAUAGAUAACACAAAAAAUGAAAAAAUAAAUGUGGAGGAAAACAACUACAGCUAUUUUGAUUACACAGAGAAUGAGACGUUUGUAAAAAAAAAAGUUCAGUCAAUUCAUAAUGCAUGUACAGUAGGAAACGAAAGAAAUAUUUUCUGUGAAAAUAAUAUGAAGCAUUCAUGCAUGGAUAGUUUGCAUAUUAAUUUACCUGACCAUGACAAGGAUGAUGCAGAUUACUACACAGAUGCAGAGGACCUGAUAAAGGCGAAAAAAAGCAAUGAAAAAAGCACAGAAAAGUACAGGAGCAAAUACAAGAACAAAUUUUUGCGUCUCUUCCGAAAGAAGGCUUACUCCAAUAACGUGAAGGACCAACACAUGUGCAUGAAUGAGGUGGCUUCUGUUAUGGAAGGAGUGGGAGAGAGGCGCCGUGCCAGCAGCACCGAUGGAAGUAGUGGAGGAGGGCAUGUCAGACAUAACCUCAGUGGAAGCUUCAAUGAGUAUAACCGCGACCUCUGGAGGGGGGACCUCCAACAGGGGGGCUUCAAACAGGGGGACUUCAAACAGGGGGGCUUCAAACAGGGGCACCUCCAACAGGGGCACUUCCAACAGAGGUGCGCCGCAGGAAAGGGAGUCACCUGUGGGACACACAUCCCGAUAGGAACCCCAACGGAAGAAAUACACAGAGGGGGGGAGAACCACAGGAAGGAACCCUUCUUUCAGAGGAAGGCCCAAAAUAUCGUGGCACCCAUCCGGGAAAGUCGCACGUGCUCCAUAAAGACAGAUGACAAUCUCAUCAUGGAUCUGCAAAAUGAGCAUAUGGUAGGCGUUGAUUUGGAGGAACACAAGGGAACUACUGGGACAAUAGAUGCAAUGGGUACAUACAGAUCGGGGGAGAGACAUCCCCAGACAAGGGAACAAAAAAUUUCGUGUGAAUCGAUUGCUAGAAAAAUUUACAGCAUUGAGAAAAUCAAAUCGUUUAUGUCUAACAACACAUUUUUAAAAGAUAAAAAAUAUCUUCUCCAAAAAAAAAAAAUAAUCAAAGGAGGUGAAUUUCUUUUGCCAUCACUACAACGUGUUGUUGUGCUUCUUCCUGUACAUGGUUUGCUUCGCCUUUGUUACGGCAUCUAUCUGUUACGAUUCAUGGAAGGUGCACCAAAUGGAACUAAGGUCGGAGAGCACCAAGAAGGCGGUACACAUAGAUAUCGGUGCAACAACCAUUAG